AUUGUUUAAUAUUUUAUUUUUUGUCAAAAAAAAAAAAUAUUAUGUAAAUUUACUAGAAAAGUUUCGCGUUUCUCUGGCAUCAUCAUCAUCUUGUUCAUUUCUCACACACACACAGCAAUUACAUCUCGACCUUUCAGAAGAAAAGAUGGGUUUCAUAAUGGAGUUUGCUGAGAACUUGGUAUUGAAACUGAUGGAAGAUCCAAAGGAAAGAGAUCGUAGAUUUAGGGAACAUGUGUAUAAGACGAAGGACAGAUGUGCAAAGACGAAAGAGAUGUGGAGUUACCCUAUGCGACCAUAUGGGUUUUGGACAUUCGAGCGCCACAAUUCUCAGCUUGCUUGGGAUGCACAAAUUAGCCAAGUUGCUGGUCGAAGAGACCCUUAUGAUGAUAUCCUUCAACACUACCCUGCCACACCUAAAUGA